AUGGUUCACCUUGCGAGCCCCGUCGCCUCUUGCUGUCUGUCCAUUUCUGUCCAUCUCAGUUUCUCUGCGACCGUCUCUGACUCCCUCCCUCUCUGUCCAUCUACACUCACGGACACACAGGACCUCAUCGCAUCCCGGCACCAGCGACGCGUCUCCACCACGAACUGCGUAACCGUUGCCGAUGACACAGCGUGCCGUCCUACCGGAAAGCCUCCAGCUGCUCACUUGACCUCUCGGCCCCUGGUCCCCUUGUGGAAGGGAUGGCCUACAAGGCAACUUUUCUCUGGGGCUCACCGCGGCAUUCAUCGACAUACCGGUACUAUAUCGGCCUCUAUCAGUGCUCAACCGCCGCCAUCUCCUCUGGUGCCGUCCGUGGUACCUGCGGCCGUCCCGCGCCGCGCGAACCUGGGAGACAUCACCCGCGACCGGUUCCAAGUCCCCAUACCUUGGCGACCUCCUCCUACUCUACCCAGUACCCAUCCCGAAUCCCGAUACCUUAACAGCCUUUUUGGCUGGCCAACGUGGAGGAGCGAGCAACGACCGGUCGACCGCGUGCAAUUCUCGACACACCAACUCUUGUCUCGAAAGUUUGGAGCUAUCUGGGCCCAGCACUGUCUUUCUCUCUCUCUCUCUGGUCACGUCUCCCCGCAUUCCGCCUCCAACGUCGUGUCGGCCGCCGUCUUUCUUGCCUCCCUUCACACCACCCAAUACCUCUCAGAAACCUGA